AUGGGUGGUAAAAAGGCUCCAAAAGAUCCUAAAGAAUUACAAGAUUUAUUAAUACCUGGUAAAUAUGAUUUAUAUGCCAUUGCUACACAAGAAACAGGUUUUCCUAAAGAUGUUAACAAAUUCAAAGCCUAUGUUGAAAAUUGUUUAGGUGAUAAGUAUAUUGUAUUAACAUGUAUGACAAUGUGGGAAAUUCAAUUAGUUGUAUUAUCAAAGAAAUCACAUUUUUUAAAAAUAUCAAAUAUUCAAGGUGUACAAAAAGCAACUGGUUUAGGUAAAUUAGCAGCUAAUAAGGGUGGUGUUGGUAUUUCUCUAUGUUUUAAUAAUACACCAAUGUUAUUCAUUUCUGCUCAUUUAGCAGCUAAUCAUGGUGAAAAUCAUGAAGAUAAUGAUUCUUUAAAUUUGAGAAAUCAAAAUGCAAGAGAAAUUAUUGAUGCAAUGGCAAUUGGUAAUCCAACUAUGGAUAUUGGUGGUCAAUUUGAUUAUAUAUUCUUUAUGGGUGAUACAAAUUAUAGAGUACAAUUACCAUAUGAUCAAGCUGUUGGAUUAGCAAAGAAUAAGCAAUAUGAUGAAUUAUUGAAAUUUGAUCAACUUCGUAUGCAACAAAAACAAGGUGUUGCUUUUUAUGGAUUUAAAGAAAGUGCUAUUAAAUUUCCACCAACAUAUAAAUAUAAGGCAGGUACAUUAGAAUUUGAUACUAAAAAGAAGAGAACACCAUCUUAUACUGAUAGAAUUUUAUUU